AUGCUUCCUAAAGAGUAUAUUGACAUUAUAUCCGAGCAUGCAACUGUUCAUAAUGUUACAUCGGACAUUGCUGUCUUGAAUUGGAAAUCUGAAUGUAAGAACUUAUUGAAAAUCACGCACAAUUGGCAUUUUCAGAUAAACAAGUGUAAGAGGAAUAUUUUGUGUCGCAGGGCUAAAGAAAUUUUUGUACGAGGGGAAAUAUCUUACCGCAGUGAUUUGUUAAAUCCUGCUUCUUUGAUGAAAAAAGGGAAAAAGCUCACAGACUUCAUGCCUAGGCCUGUCCCCCUUGGUAGUCAGGUAAAAGCUGCUAAAUUGGAAGAUGUAGAUAAACUAGUGAAAAAACAUUACGGCAAUGAUUGGCAAACUACUGCGAACUUAAAAUUUUAUAAAGAUAUUAUAACACUAGGACCUGGUGAAGUUGAAGAGACAAUGAAUGACUCUUCAGAUUAUUUACUACAAGAAGUUGUAGAUUUGGUUUAA